AACUAUGUUUGGAUUUCUCUUUUUUGUUUUACUCACUCCUGGAGCAAGUGAAUUUCUUUGUGCAUCACCAGACCUGGAACUGUCCUAUACUUUUUGUGAUUCCACACCUCAUGCUUUCACCUUUAAUGUGACACCUUGCACUGUGGCUAACAGACCCACCUGGGAGGCUGCCCUUACCUGGAUUCCACGGAGUGACAUCACCGUUCUGAAGACCAUCUUCAACGUCUGGUACGAGGGAGCCAAAGCACUGCACUGGAGAGAGGUCCUGUGCAGCGGAGCUGACGAUGAGUACUCGCUGUGUGGAGCGCUCAAAGGGGAAACAAUUGCAGCUGCAUUUGACAUCAAAGGCUCACGGAUAGCAUUUCCAAAGGGCAAUUAUAACAUUAUUUUGGAAGGAUUCUCUGAUGAUUAUGAGAAGGAUAUAAUCAUGUGCCUGAAUUUCACCAUGACAGUCAAACAUGACACUUUCUGA